AUGCUGGUGCGGCGUGGCUUGGGCCGCGCCCAGCGGUUCGUGCCGCCGGUGCGCUCUUUCCACAGCACGCCUGUACCACGCCGUACGACGGCCUAUGACCUCCUAGAUACGCGCACCUUCUCCAUCAUUGCGCACAUUGACCAUGGCAAAUCGACCCUCGCCGACCGCCUGCUCGAGCUGACGGGGACCAUUCCUCGAGACUCAUCGAACAAGCAAGUGCUAGACAAGCUCAAGGUGGAGCGCGAGCGCGGCAUCACGGUCAAGUCACAGGCCGUGAGUAUGGUGUAUCGCGACCCGGCCCAGCCGCGACCGACGCUGCUCAACCUGAUCGACACUCCCGGGCACGUCGACUUUGCGUACGAGGUACGGCGCAGCCUGUCCGUGUGCCAGUCUGCACUGCUCGUCGUCGACGCGACGCAGGGCAUACAGGCGCAGACCAUAUCGGUGUUCAAAAUUGCGCAGCAGUGCGGCCUUGUCGUGCUGCCCGUCCUGAACAAGACGGACCUGCCUGCCGCCGACACGCCGAGCUGCCUCGCGCAGCUCCGUGAUAUCCUGGGCAUCGAUACAGACGCGCAACCGCCGCUGCUGGUCAGCGCCAAGACCGGCCAGGGCGUCCCAGAGGUUCUACAGGCGCUUGUGGCACGCACUCCAGCGCUGCCCGGCGUAGAUGGCGUGUCGUUGGAGCAGCGGCAGCCUCCCGGCUUGCGUGCGCUCGUGUUUGACAGCUGGUACGACAACUACCGCGGCGUCAUUGCGCUUGUGAGCAUCACGGACGGCGCUGUGAAGAAGGGCGAUACGAUCGUGUCGUAUCACCGCGGCAAAAAGUAUGAGGUGCUCGAUCUCGGCGUGAACAAUCCCGAGCCUGUCUCUACGCCGAUCCUGCGCAAGGGCCAGGUCGGCUGGCUCAUCACGACGAUGAAAGACACAGAGGAAGCGAGCAUUGGCGAUACCUUUUUCCGGCACGGCGAGCGCGUCGAGCCCUUGCCAGGUUUCCGCCCUGCGCUGCCAACCGUGUUUGCUGGCAUUUUCCCCACGGACAAGAGCGAGUUCCUCAAGUUGGAAGAUGCGAUCCAGCGGCUCUGCAUCAAUGACCGAUCAAUUACCUUGCAGAAGGAGUCGAUGACCGCCCUGGGCCAGGGCUACCGCCUCGGCUUCCUCGGCACCCUGCACCUGGAUGUGUUUCGCCAGCGUCUUGAGGACGAGUAUGGCCAUGAAAUCCUGGUCACGACGCCCACAGUGCCGUUCCGCAUUACGUAUCGCGACGGCACACAGGUGCUAUGCUCGAAUCCCGUUGACUUUCCCGACGAAAGCAUCCGAAAAACGCACAUCGCGCAGCUCGAAGAGCCGACCGUGAUCGGCUCGCUCGUGUGCCCGGAGGACUAUACGGGCGCGAUGAUGGAGCUUUGUGCGGAGCACCGGGGCGAGCAGCUCGACAUUGACUUUUCUGCGUCGGCCACGGCAGCUGCACAGGUACACAUGCAGUACCGCUUGCCACUCGCCGAGAUUGUGACGGACUUCUUCGACAAGCUCAAGUCGCGCAGCUCCGGCUUUGCCUCGUUCGAUUACGAGGACGGUGACUAUGUGCCAUCGGACCUUGUCAAAAUGCAGUUCCUCGUCGCCGGCACACCCGUCGAUGCGCUGGAGCUCGUGCUACACCGAUCGAAGGCGUCCUUGGUUGGCCGCGCAUUUGUGCGCCGGCUCAAGGAUGCGAUCCCCCGGCAGCAAUUCGAGAUCAAAAUCCAGGCAUGCGUCGGGAGCAAGGUGCUUGCCAGCGAGACGCUGAGUGCGUACCGCAAAGAUGUGACAGCCGGCCUGUACGGUGGACACUACGAGCGCAAGCUCAAGCAUCUGAACAAGCAAAAAGAAGGCAAGAAGCGCCUUAAGGCCAUGUCCCUCGGCAAGGUGCAACUGCCGCACAAGUCGUACGUGUGA